UCAGCGCGGCGACGGCGCUCGCGGCUGAUCCAUUCCAAAAUGUUAUCUCGGUGUCUCUGCCAAGUUCACAAGUGUUUGUUUCUGCAUGACCUGAAACUGAAUUCGGUGAGCGGGGCUGGUUUGGCCAGAAGGAUCCGUACUACACCAAAAAAGCCUUCUGACUGCGAGUUGAAGGAACAAACCGUCCAGAAAUGCGAAACUGAAGAGGUGCCUCGAAGUACAGAAAACGAUGACUUGGGAAGACUGCACGUGCCGGUGAUGGUGGAGGAGGUUCUUGGUUGUUUAUCCCCUCAGCCAGGUCAGCGUUUCCUGGACAUGACGUUUGGAGCCGGGGGUCACACGAAAGCCCUUCUGGAGAAGGCCAAGGACAUCACCGUGUAUGCCCUGGACAGGGAUCCCACAGCUCACAAAAUAGCUCAGCAGCUUUCGGAGUCCUACCCAAAACAGAUCCAACCUCUUCUAGGACGGUUCAGCCAGGCUGAGGCUUUGUUAAUCUCAUCUGGGGUCGAGCCAGGGACUCUGGAUGGAGUUCUGCUGGAUGCUGGCUGUUCUUCCAUGCAAUUUGAUACACCUGAGAGAGGUUUUUCCCUGCAGAAGGAUGGACCUUUGGACAUGAGGAUGGAUAGUGACAGGUGCCCCGCCAUGCCCACGGCCGCCGACGUGGUGAACGCUCUGGAUCAACAGGCGCUUGCCUCCAUCCUCAGGGCCUACGGGGAGGAGAGGCACGCCAAGAAAAUCGCCUCAGCCAUCGUCCAGGCGCGCAGCGUGUACCCCAUCACCAGGACGCAGCAGCUCGCAGGCAUCGUGGCAGGUGCUUUUCCACCAUCAGCACUGUAUGCACGGAAGGAUUUGCUUCAGAGACCCGCCCAUGUUGCCACCAAAACUUUCCAAGGCCUGCGAAUAUUUGUCAAUGAUGAGCUCCAUGAGCUCUUCACAGGACUGAAGACAGCUGAGAAGUUUCUAAAACCUGGAGGCCGCCUUGUAGCCCUCUCCUUUCAUUCGCUGGAAGAUCGGAUUAUCAAACGUUUUUUUCAUGGGAUAGACAUGGCAGAAAAGCACAAUCUUAGCUCGAGGCAGAAGAUAAGACAGGGUCUGAAAAACCCCUCCAAAAAAGAGGAUACACAAGAAUCUCCCCAUGGAAAAUCCAACUCCAAGUGGAUUCUUAUACAGAAAAAAGUUCUCACACCCCAGUCCAAGGAUAUUGAAACAAACCCAAGAGGAAGGUCGGCCAAGCUAAGAGCUGCCAUUAAAGUCUAAAACAAAACAUAUGAUUAGAUAAUUGUAUAAUUUCCUUUAAUUUUGUUUUCUAGAAGGCUACCUGGACAGGUAGUAUCAAACUGAAAAA